ACAGCAAUGUUGCUCAUUUUGGUUAAAUUUGCAGCCGAACAAAUGACAAGAAUUGCAGAUGUCCAUUUUAUCAAUAACAGAUGAUGGCAUCGCAAGUUUACAUUAAUUUUUUUCUCAGAAAAGACAAUUACUACAUGUAUACAAAUGUAUGUUGUUUUCAUAUCAGCAUUUUGUGGACAACAACUCCAGAUGUGGAAAAGACAUGUUUUGCAUAAUAAUCAUGAGAAUAUUUAUUAAGUACUUUUGAUUCACUUGUUCAAAAAAUUAUCAUCUCUGUAGUCUAGUCUUCUGUAGUGAAAACAAUGUCUAUAUCCUUGCAUACAUGUCUAAAAUACCAUUUUGAUCUUGAAAGUUGACAGGUCAUUUUUAAAUAGGUUUUAAGCUAUUGUAUGGUCAAAUCCAGUUUGAAAUGAUGAAUAAUAAAUAAUUUUUAAAAAAUUUAAGGCUAGAUAUGUUAAUUUUUAAUCCUGAAAAGGGAAAUAUGGGCAGUUUCCUUGUGAGAAACAUACUGUAAGCUUUAAUGUUCCACUUGUUGUGUGCUUAAUUAAACUUUGAACAAAUCAGGGAAACACUGAAAAGAAGAAAUAAUUACAGCUAUGGAGCAAAUUGAAGCAAUUCGCAAUGGGCAGUGGUAUGUGGUGUGUGACUUAAACAGAGUCCUUGAGGAACUGGUGAAGAUUUGCAAUGUCAUGAAAAAAGCUGUUGAAUUUAUAACUGCUCAGGUGGAGGAAGGAAAUUUAUCAGAUGACGGCAGAGCAAAGAUGAUAAUAACCCUAAAGUAUACAAUGACCCGGAUCGAGGAUAACAUUCACAAACUUGUGCAGUUUAUGCGCCAGUUGAUUCUGACCUUUGACAAAGUCAUUUUGGUGAUGCAUAACAAUGUAAUGGCUGAGCAUGAAGCUGUCAAAGAUAUGCUUAGUAAAGUGGUAGAACCUUCUCGUCAUCAGCUGAGUGAAAGCACGAAGCAUUUAGUGAAGACGAAGAAAACAAAGUCAACAAAGCCACAACCCAAGUGUAUAGAAUCUGAUUUACUGUAAAGCCCAGUCUCUGAAAGCUUGCUGUCUUUUUUGGGGCAACAUUAUUAAUUGACAAUACGCUGUCAACGUCAUCCCUUGAACUAUAUGGCAAAAUAUAUGUACACAGUAGUAUCUGUACUGUAAAGUUCAAGCUAAUAGAAAUACCAGUACAUGUACAUUAAAAGAGUUAACCAUGAAAUCCUUGCAAUGAAUUUGUGAUAAUGCAUUAAAAGGGUCUUUUGAAUUGAAGAGGGUAAAUUGUGAUGUACUCUUUGCUGGUACUUGAUGAAUCACAAGGACAUAAAAAAUUGCUUUUAAUGUACUGUUUUUCUUUCAUUUAUACCUCAAAGAAAAUGUUCUUCAAGUAGGAACUAAACUUAAUGAUAUAUCAGUAUCUAAAGUGCUGGUAUUUUCUAGUUUCCAAUACACACUGUACAUUGCUGCAUAUUCUCAUUACAUUCUAGUGGAUUAUUAAAUGUACUUAUUGA